AUGCGUCCUAUCGCCCAGGUCAGCUCUCUUAGGAGAUUUCAGACAGUACUCGUCAGACAACCCCGGAAACUGCAUUCCUCCCCAUCAAUCUACCAAGAGUCUACACCCACACCUGUUCCUUCUCCAACUGCUGCGAAUCUGCCCUCAGCCGACACCCCUUCAUCCUCAAGCGCCGAUCUGAUCGAUCUCCCAUCUGCAGAAGGACGUCAACGAUUACUACCAGAUUUAAGCUCAUAUCAACCUCUCCAAGUUUCGCGAGGCGCUCGCUUGGACCUCAGACAUUCGACGAGAUCUUCGGGAAGAAAUUUGAAUCGUGUUGGACCUUCCCAUGACGCCAAGGCGGAGAAUAUGAUGAAGAGUGAGAACGAUGGACGAAGAAGGAGAUCGGAUAUCAAGAAGUCGAUGCAGAAGGUACAGUCUGACAAUCUGAUAGACGGAGAAGGACCAUCGAAAGGAGUAUCCUUAAGGGAUAGUGGUCAAUCCGAGGAUGGGAGGGAGAUUGAUGAAGGGGAUAAAAACCUUGAUCGUUCGAGGUCAAAACGAGGGGGUCGGAAGAUGAAUCUUGGGGAGGGACGUGUGAGUAUGGACAUCAUAUCUGGGGAUACACCAUCUUCGACCAAACUUGAGCAGGGUAAGGACCAGAAACAGGAGCGACGACGAGGAGCAGAGAAAGUGGGGAAUCAAGGAAAGAAACGAGAGAAGAGAGAAUGGACCGGACGAGAAAACAAACCUCGACGACAGACCGGCAGUGAACAGAAGAGCACUCCAGACGUGGUGGGCGAGAAAAAGUUGAUUCUGACUGAAGAACAAAGGUUUUUCGAGUUGUUUGGGAAGACGAGUUUGAUCAGUCCUGUGAGGAGAGUUUCGAAGGAUGCGGAGAAGAAUGAUUGGGCCAAGGGUAUGGAGCCUGCUGAAGCUGGAAUGUAUCUUACGUAG